CCAGGACCAAUCUUUAGCAAAGCAAGAAAUUAAACGAUUGGGUAAUUGCGUGUACCUGUGUAGUGCUCUGUACUCUAGCUAUAUAUAAUUUCUUAAUUAUCCUCCUCCUUUUCACCCACUGCUAGCUCCUCUUCAUAACAAAGUAGUAGUACAAGAUUCCAUUUCUCCUCCAGCAUUACAAGCUUGAUUUUAUAUACAACCAGCUGCUCGAGCGAUUCUUGAUCAGUUCUGUGAAUUAGGAAGAAGGGUGAGAAAUCAUGUCGGGUUCGCGGGAUUUUUCGGACCUCAGGAGCUCCGGCAAGGCGCCGGAGAAGUCCAGUUUUGCUCAGACUUGCAACCGUCUGAGUCAGUUCAUCAAGGAGAAAGGGAGCUUGAGAGAUCUUGGCCUUGAAAUCGCUGGGAAACUGGAGCCCAAAGGGAGACCAGAAACGCCGCAAUAUGGAGCGGCCCCCGCCAUAGAUUUGUUUCCAAACAUGGAAAAACCUGCACAAUACGAGCUUCUGGACCUCUUUCCUCAGCAUACCGGAACUGGUUUCCCAAGUAACAUGGAAUUUGAAGGAACAGCUAAUGCUGCUUUCAGCGAACUGGCAGCUUCCAUGGAAACAGAGCCAAAAACCGCACCAUUGACCAUCUUCUACGGAGGGAAAGUGUUUGUGUUUGAUAAUUUCCCAGCUGAUAAAGUUGGGGAGAUCAUGCUAUUAGGCAGGAGCAGCGAAAACUGUCCUAGUUCCAGUGGCCUUCUCUCAACUCCCACCACAGAAAACUUCAAAACCAGUGAUUCAAAAUCAGUCGCUAUUCCAGGACCUACUGCUGAUAUACCUAUUGCGAGAAGAGCUUCACUUCAUCGGUUCUUCGAUAAGAGAAAAGAAAGGGUUGCUUCCACAGCACCAUACCAAGCGCACGGUGGCCCGUCGACUUCAUCUCUCAAACACAAGGAACCGAUUGAUCUCAACCUAUAGACAUUGCUUGAUUUGGAUAAUUGAUGAACUUAAUUAUAUUUCCUGAUUUGUUUCUAUUUGGGGCAAUGGCUUCUCUAGUCCAGGCCUCCAGGGACUAAAGUCUAACUUGUUCCUCUCUCUCUCUCUCUCUCUCUCUCUCUCUCUCUCUCUCUCUCUCUCUCUCUCUUUUAAAUUCUUAGAUCACUUUUGUUAUGUAUUUAGGUUCUUGAGAGGAUAUAGAUUUUGUAAUUUAGAUUUUAUUUGACCGAUUCGUCCAAGUUUGAAGAUGGAAAUUGUUUGAUUUAUUCCAAUCAUUUUUUUUUUAUCAA